CGUGGUGAUGUUGGUGAUAGAAAGAGUAAGCUUCUUUUGGUUCAAACUGCUCAGCCUCUUUGGAGGAUUCGUGAGUACGAGGUGUACGAAAUUUCCAAGACAGCGUCGAAGGAAGCGCCACGGUAGAAUCUGGUAUCCGUCGAAUAAUAAGUUUGCAAUGAGCUGUGAACAGAGAAUGUGGAGGCCAUUGACAAUUCAAAGCAGUCUGAUCUCUUUCAAGCUGCCUGACAUUCUCUUGGAACACACCUAAUGUGGCUAGCGUUGUCCCUGAUCGGUGCUUUGGCUUUCCGCUUCAGCCUCAUCAUACAGCCUUCUCCACUGUCAACAUCAACUCUGCAUCAUUCAAGAUGGUUUGCGCAAAGUGUCAAAAACUUGCAAAAUCGACGACAUUGGCUACACCAGGUGUAAAGAAGAAGAAUGAGAUGUAUUAUGGCUCUCCAGCUGGAUCCUCGAAGAGUGGCGACAAGACGAAAACCUCAGCAACGCUGGGCAACAACGGGAUAGGAAAGAGUAAAUUACUGUCGAAGACAGCAAGAAAUCCAUACGCGGCGUAUUCUAGCUCCUGCACGACAUGUAAGACCAAGGUUGACCAAGGACGAACAUAUUGUCAAAAAUGCGCAUACAAAGCAAAUGCGUGUCCAAUGUGUGGCAAAGCGAAUUCCAAGUCAACAACAGCCGCACCAGUGAUUACUGGACAAAAGUUUAAUUUGAAAUGAGUCAGGCAAAAGAACGAACGAUGAUGAUCACAAUUGUCACCACGCAGACAAUAUGGACAGAGGGAAAGAAACCAUAAUCAAUGGAGUAUACUAGAGUACAAUAGAGGCGUUUACUGGUCGGUUCAUGGAGGUUGGAGGCUCUACACAGAUAUUGUUCACGAAAUAAUGGAUCAUGAAUAUCUUUGUUGACGUAUUACAGUAUCAAACGCUACUGUACUGAUUCGAGUGAGCCGAUCAGCUCCUCAUACCGCAGC